AUGCACGAGGCCGACAGCUACUACAACCCUGGCCAGGGCCAGCAGCCAGGGGACGUCAACUACCAGCAGCAGCAGCAGCAGCAGCAACCUGCGUAUGGCGGACUCGACGAGAAGCCGACGUUCGAGCAGACGUUCAAGAUCGAGAAGCCAAAGUGGAACGAUGUGUGGGCGGGAAUUCUGUUCCUCCUCUUCUGCGCCGGCUUCGUCGUGGUGUCGGGCAUCGCGCUCCAGGGCUAUGCGUCGACGCGGAGCAUCCAGGGCGGCGGCAUCUACGACGGCUCGAACACCUUUACGCUCAACACGAGCACGAUCAUCCUCUUCGUCUUCGUGCUCGUCGUCGCCGUCGUCCUCGGGUACGCCUACGUCUGGCUCGCGCGCCUCUUCCCCAAGCAGUUUAUCUGGGUGACGGGCAUCCUCAACAUCUGCUGGGCCAUCGGGACGGCCAUCUUCUACCUGUGGCGACACUAUUGGAGCGCGGGCAUCGUCUUCCUCAUCUUUGGCCUCUUCCUCGCCUUUUGCUUCUGGACCUGGAUCAGCCGGAUUCCGUUCUCGGCCCUGAUGCUCAGGACCGCCGUGGACGUCAGCAAGCGGUACGGCCAUGUCUACAUGGUCAGUCUCGUUGGCGGUUUGGUCGCGGCCGCGUUCGGGGCCUACUACUCGAUCACCCUGGUCGCCAUCCACGAUAAGUUCCAGCCGGCCAGCAACAACCCGUCCUGCGACAGCAACCUGGGCUGUGGCAGCGGCAAGGUGAUCGGGCUGAUCGUCUUUGUCACUUUUGCCAUGUACUGGAUCUCCGAGUGGCUCAAAAACACCAUCCACACCACCAUCGCCGGCGUGUACGGCUCCUGGUACUUCUCCCCGCACCGUCUGCCCCGGGGCGCAACGCGGGGGGCGAGCAGGAGGGCGCUGACCUACAGCUUCGGCUCCAUCUGCUUCGGGAGCCUGGUUGUCGCGAUCAUCCAGUUCCUGAGGCACCUGUGCUCGAUCGCCAGGAGCCAGUCGAUGCAGGACGGGGGCAUCGGAGGCGCCGUUGGCUACGCCAUCUUUUGCAUCCUGGGGUGUCUCAUCGGCCUCCUGGAAUGGCUGGCCGAGUUCUUCAACCGCUAUGCCUUCUGCCACAUCGCCCUGUACGGCAAGGCGUACGUUCCCGCGGCCAGGGACACGUGGAAAAUGAUCAAGGACCGUGGCUUUGACGCCCUCAUAAAUGACUGCCUGAUCGGGCCCGUCCUCUCGUUCGGUGGCCUCUUCAUCGCGUAUGCGUGCGCCCUUCUCGCGUACCUGUAUCUGCUCUUCACCGAGCCGCCGUACAACAGCGAAGGGCAGUACACGCCGUUCGUCGUCGCCUUCUCGUUCCUCAUCGGCUUCCAGAUCGCGAACGUCUUCACGACACCGUUGUCCAGCGGGAUCGAGACCAUCUUUGUGGCCGCCGGCUGGAGCCCGCAAGUCAUGUACUACGAGCACCCGGAGCUGUACCAGGAGAUGGUCCAGGUCUAUCCCAGGGUCCAGCAGAUGAUCAGACCCUGA